UUGACAUAAUUGUCCCUGUUUCCAAGGUACACAAAUGUAUCACAAGGGCAGACGGCGGAUUCCGGUCGAACAUAUAACUGUCGAAUAUUUUUUUCAAUAUCCGUGGAAACCAAAAGUGAUUAAUUUUGGUAAAUACACGGUGACAGGAACAUUUGCUGUGUGAAGAAUGCUAAUACAGAUAGACCAAACACUUUGGAUUUACUGAUUUAAUACCGAAUUGUGGAGAGAGAGAGACGGACGGAUAUUCAUUUUGUUUACUUAAUUGUGUUUAUGCAUUACACGCCUAUGACUGAAUAUACAGCCUCUGAUACCAACUGUAAAUAACGGGCUUGAUGAUGACAUAUGAAAAGGACUAUCAUUCACUGUUCAACUCAGGGAGAUAGCAACACGCAACAAAGGGAGGUGACCAAUCCAUCCCAUGCCAUCUCAAAGGAACCGAACCUAAGGACACUCAAUUCAUUUUAUGUUACGAUACAGUCCUGGCCUAAUUAGUAGUUUAUCUAUUCUAUUUCCAAGCAGCAACAGAUAAAAAAGAUAAUUCCAAAGACUAGACCUAUAUAACACAUCAGGAUGCUGACAUCAAGGAAAUCUGCCCAUGGGUUUGCUCUGAGCCUUUGUUUGCUGGUCACCAGAACUGCGCUUUGCUCUGGUGGUGACAGUUGCCCGUCCACCAUUGGGACAGAACACCAGGGAUUUGUCCACCGGUCCCAGUGUUAUCAAUUUGUGAACCGUAAGGAGUGGUGGGAGACGGCACGCAAAUUCUGUGCCAGGAAAGGAGGUCACCUUAUACAGUUAGACAAUUCUGAAUUGGUGGCUUUCAUCAAGGGCAAACUGAGAGGCAAUUACGGGGACUGGGACACGGUUUGGAUAGGAGCGAAUGACAGAGGGACGGAGAACAAAUGGAUAUGGGAUGGCUCAGACGAAGAGAUCUCUUACAGCAACUGGGGUCAGGGGCAGCCCUCAACCUCAAUCUUUGUCGGUCCGUUUGAAGACUGUGCCACGAUGGAGAAGGCAGACGACUACCGCUGGCAUGACCAUGCAUGUGGCAUUGCAGGACAGGCGUAUCAAUUUAUUUGUCAAUAUGAUGCCGUUAAUAGGACCGCGACCACAAGAACCACUACUUCAUCAACAAUAACAACAGAAACAACAACAGGGACAAAAACGGCAAAAACAACAACAACAAUAAGGGUUCCAUCAUCAGCAACCGUUGCACCACCUGCACCAGGAAACAGAACAGCUGGGAACCACUCAACACUAUCAGCCUUAUGGCCCAAAACAAACACAACAACUGCUACUACUACAGUGGAAACUCCAUCAGCAUCAACACCUGCCGUACCACCUACGCGACAUGGCAAAACAACUGGGCAUCAUCCAACACCAUCAGCCUUGUUAUCCAAAACAACAACAGCAACAACGAAAACCUCAACAAUAAUACGGACGAGUCCAUCAUCAUCAUCAACGCCUGUGGCACCAUCAAUACCAGACGCAUCACGCUACACCUGCCCGCAGAAUUUGGAACCAAACUACCAAACAUUUACAUACAGGGACCAUUGCUACCAGUUUGUCACCAAGGAGGAGUGGAGGUCAACAGCACAAGAAUAUUGCCGAAAAUACCAGGGCCAGCUCAUAGAAAUACCGGAUCAAAGCACCAUGGAUUUUGUAAUUGAUGUACUAAAUAAGAAACUAAAGUGGGGAGUAAACGGAGUUUGGAAUGGAGCGAGUGACCAACGCGAAGAAGGAGUUUGGGAAUGGGAUGGUUCAGGCAAUCCAGUAAUCUACUCAAACUGGGCACUGGGGCAACCCGGUGGUCUUACAAAGUGGACGGAUGACUGCGCAUGUAUGAGGAGGACGGACAACUGGCAAUGGCACGACUAUGGCUGUAGUCAGCCAGGUUACAGCUAUAGAUACAUUUGUCAAUAUGAUUUAGUAGAAAAUAUUUCCACAAGCACAGUGCUCUCCCCUACUCGGUCAAUAACCUCGACGCCAGGAAGCUCGAGCAAAAAGACUGGCCUGCUUUCAACAAUGUUACCCAAAGCAUCUCUUCCAGCGAAAUCUUCAUUAGUACCUUUGCCUUUUAACAAAACGGCAUCUUUAAGAACAGCAACAGCAACAACAGCAACGUCGGCACCAACAGCAUCAUCGACCCGUGUGGCGCUACCUACCGGAGACAGCAACACAACUGGGCAUCACCCAACGCUAUCAGCCUUGUUAACCAAAACAACAACAGCAACAACGAAAACCUCAACAACAAUACAGACAACUCCAUCAUCAUCAUCAUCAUCAACGCCUGUGGCACUAUCAACACCAGAUGCAUCACGCUACACCUGCCCGCAGAAUUUGGAACCGAACUAUCAAACAUUUACAUACAGGGACCAUUGCUACCAGUUUGUCACCAAGGAGGAGUGGAGGUCAACAGCACAAGAAUAUUGCCGAAAAUACCAGGGCCAGCUCAUGGAAAUACCGGAUCAGAGCACCAUGGAUUUUUUGAUUGAUGUACUAAAUGAGAAACUAAAGUGGGGUGUAAACGGAGUUUGGAAUGGAGCGACUGACCAACGCGAAGAAGGAGUUUGGAAAUGGGAUGGUUCAGACAAUCCUGUAAUCUACUCAAACUGGGCACAAGGUCAACCCGGUGGUCUUGCAAGGUGGACGGAGGACUGUGCAUGUAUGAGGAGGACGAACAACUGGCAAUGGCACGACUAUGGCUGUAGUCAGCUUGGUUACAGUUACAGAUACAUUUGUCAAUAUGAUCUAGUGGAAAAUAUUACCACAAGCAAGGUGCUUUCCUCUACUCGGUCAGUGACCACGACGCCAGUAAGCUCGAGUCAAAGGACUAAACAACAAUCAACAGUAUCAUCCUUGUUACCCGAAACAUCUCUACCAGCGAAAUCGUCAUCAGUACCUUUGCCUUUAAACAAAACGGCAUCCUUUAGAACAUUAGCAGCAACGACAGCAACGUCGGCACCAACAGCAUCAUCGACCCGUGUGGUACUACCUACGGGAGACAGCAACACAACUGGGCAUCACCCAACACUAUCAGCCUUGUUAACCAAAACAACAAAAGCAACAAGGAAAAACUCAACAACAAUACAGACGACUCCAUCAUCAUCAUCAUCAUCAUCAACGCCUGUGGCACAAUCAACACCAGAUGCAUCACGCUACACCUGCCCAAAGAAUUUGGAACCAAACUACCAAACAUUUACAUACAGGGACCAUUGCUACCAGUUUGUCACCAAGGAGGAAUGGAGGUCAACUGCACGAGACUAUUGCCGUAAAUACCAGGGCCAACUCAUAGAAAUACCAGAUCAGAGCACCAUGGAUUUUGUAAUCGAUGUACUAAAUAAGAAAUUAAAAUGGGGAGUAAACGGAGUUUGGAAUGGAGCGACUGACCAACGCGAAGAAGGAGUUUGGAAAUGGGAUGGUUCAGGCAAUCCAGUCACGUACUCAAAUUGGGCACAAGGUCAACCCGGUGGACUUGCAAGGUGGACGGAAGACUGUGCAUGUAUGAGGAGGACGGACAGCUGGCAAUGGCACGACUAUGGCUGUAGUCAGCCAGGUUACAGCUACAGAUACAUUUGUCAAUAUGGCCCUUUACCCACAACUUCGCCUUCGUCAUUGUCAUCCCAGUCUAGCGGAAAAGGUGAGGUGACCCCGACUACUUCGUCGCCCCGAACAAUGUUAUCCCAGUCUAGCAGAAAGGGUGAGGUGACCUCGACUACUUCGUCGCCCCGAACAAUGUCAUCCCAGUCUAGCAGAAAGGGUGAGGUGACCUCGACUACUUUGUCGCCCCGAACAAUGUCAUCCCAGUCUAGCAGAAAGGGUGAGGUGACCCCGACUACUUCGUCUCCCCGAACAAUGUCAUCCCAGUCUAGCAGAAAGGGCGAGGUGACUUCGAUUAGCACGCUACCCCAAACGACGGCUGUUGAUGCAGCAAAAGGACCUCUUUCACUGAAAAAUCAAGACGAGCAUGGGGUUUCAAGCUCAAACAACAAAGCAACCUACCUAGGGAUUGGGAUAACCUGUGGGGCUGUUAUACUGAUAGUUAUAGUGGUCAUUGCGGUGGUGUGGCAUUACAAAAGGAGAAACAAAUACCCACGUUUUCAGGAUAGGGUACAAUUCAACAAUAAUCUGUACCAGCUUGACCAGGUAUCUCUAGAGGCCUCAGAGGACCAAAACAUGAACUCGAAAACAACAGAGAGUGUCGACGCCUUGUACUCCAAGCCGGACAAAUUACACGUGAACUCCAACAGUGAUAACACAGACGUUACUUUAAUGCCGAAUGAACUGUAUGCUUGAGACCAGCGGGUCGCCGAUAUCUUUACAGAAAUGUCGCUGUUUUCCUAUUUGAGAUGUGUUUGUGUGUCGCCAAAUUACGCCUGAUGGGUGUGCUAAUGACAAGUGUGCAUAAUGUAAAUAUGUUCGUGUAAAUAUUAUGUGCAAUGUUGCAUCCACCAUAUCAAGCAUGUAUAUGCAAGAUGUUACUGCUAUCCAUAUUUAUAGGUCAUUUUACCCAUCCUCACUCAAUAGUGCGUUUAUAGCUUCGUAUCACGCAGUACUAGUAUAUUGCCAUGUUCCGUUUGAUUUCGAGUACACACAAGCACACACACACACACAGAGAGAGAGAGAGAGAGAGAGAGAGAGAGAGAUCGUUGUAUUGUGAAGUCGCUACUGCUGUAAACGCGCGUCGCGCCUGUCAUCAUGUUGUUUCACGGUUUUGCAAUCAAAUCCUGUCAUACCUUCACAGUGCUCAUCAGUUUAAGUACAUUCUAUGUAUACUGUUUUUAACCACUUUAUCCUGCAUGUGCCUUUGCUAUAUUCUCAUUGCCAACAUUUUUAUACAGU